GAAAACAUCUUUAAGCCCCAUCCUGGAAAAGUGAAACUUCUUUCAGCAGCUGCAGAGGCUGUUUAGCAGGAAAGGUGCUCUUCAAAGUCUUUGCACUUCUUCUUGGGUUGAUCUUCUUUUAUGAACCUCCUGAAAGCUGAAACCUUUUGCCAGGUGUUCGUUGCAGAAGCCCAUAAAACAAAACCUCCCUCAGCAGAAGCAGCAAAGCUGGAGGUUUUAUGGGUGGAAGGAACUCCAAGAACCAAGAGAAGAAAAGCACGAUGCUGUUGAAGAGGAGUCAGAAGCUACCUCUGUGGGAAGACACUCUCCUCUCUGGGAAAGACCCAAGAUCACUCUUGAAGCGUGGACUGCAAUAUGUCAGCUUGAGCCUCAUCAUGAAAGGGAUGACAAGGACGCCUGACUUUUUGUGGGGAUUGCCACAAGUCCAGAAACUGAACCUCUCCCACAACCAGCUGGUGGUCCUUCCUCCUGCUUUGGCAAAACUUGACAGGCUGGUGGUGCUGAACCUGUGUGGGAAUCGCAUGAAGUCUCUGCCGAAAGAGAUUGGGCUACUCAGGAACCUGAAGGUUUUAUUUGUCAACAUGAAUUGCUUGACGGAAGUACCGGCCGAACUCGGACACUGCAAGAAGCUGGAAGUGUUGAGCCUCUCUCACAACUGCAUCUCCCAUCUCCCUUCAAGCAUCACAGACCUGAUAAACCUGCGAAAGCUGAACCUCAGCAACAAUCGGUUCAUUUACAUUCCCCUAAGUGUUUUUGCGUUGCGGAAUUUAGAUUUUCUACAUGUAGGCUGCAACAAGCUUGAAAACAUUGGAGACAGUAUCCAAUUUCUAGUCAACCUGCAGAUCUUGAUUGCUGAUUAUAACAAGAUUCGCAGCUUGCCAAGGUCUAUCUGCUCAGUCACUGCUCUUGAGCUGCUAAAUGUUGAUUACAAUUCAAUUCAAAUGCUUCCAGAUGAACUCUAUUUGCUGCGCCGAUUGCCAAAAAUUGCAUGGAAUCCAAUGGAUAAGGGGCUACACAUUGUGCACAACCCUUUGUCCAAGCCACUGCCACAAAUUAUAGAUGGAGGACUGAAUGCGCUCUACAGCUAUCUCAAAGAUAAAAACGAGCUCCCAUAAAUGUACACUUUGCCUGGAAUAGACCUGGUGGCCAUGUCUCAACUAAGUUCUUUAAUUUUUCUGAUCAGUAGCUUUCACUGCACUCAUCAAGAGUUGGAGUACGGUUGCAAUAUUUUUUUUCCCCCGAGCAAGUACAUUGACUUUAUGUUGACUGUGCAAUGGAUGUAUUUUCCAAAUAGUAUGUAUCCUUGCAGUGCUGAGGUAUCCUUUAGGAUGGUAGGGAUGAGGAGGAACCCCAGGGAUUGACAUAUUUCUCUUUAUUUAGCUGUUAUCAGAUUAAUACAGAGCCAACAACAGUUUUAGGCUUUUCCCACCUGUCAGACUUCAAUAACAUUAAUAUAAAGCAUAUUGAUGUAGUAUGAUGUGAUGGUCUUGUGAAGUUCAGUGGCACUUUAAACUCCUGUUUAGUGUCUUUUCCGGGGUGGGGGUGGGGGAUGCUACAGAAAUUCUAACCACAAGAAGCUGAACUGAUUCCUUAGGAAGAAAGCUUGAUCUGGUUACAAAGCAAUGUGUUUUUGUUCCGUGACCUAGACCGCGUUAUCUGUUACUACAUUGUUGCUGUGGUUCAGCCCAAUUAAUUUUCCAGUGUGUUUGAUCCCAGACAAGCAAGUUGCUACCUUAAAAGAUAUUGUAGAAAGCGGUGGUGAAUAAAUCUUGCAGCAACUAAGAAAAAUGUCCAGAAUGGAAACGACUAGUACCUCAAAAUCUUGAAGCAGGUAUUAGGUAAUGUACAUCACAACAAGUGCUUGAUGGAAUGUAAAGUUGUUUGUGAUGAGAGAAGUGGGGGCAUGGCCAGAUCCACACCCCUUGUCAAUUGGGCUUAUGCAUGAGAACCGCCCAGUUCUCUGCCCAGGUGUAUAGAAACGGUGAGUCAAAUAGCUAUUUUUUUUAUGAGGAGAAACCUUCUAAGGCUUGAAGUCAUUACUUGCCUCCUUUCCUAAAAUUUUGGCCUGGGCACAUAUCAUAUGAUGUCUGUCUGAGGUGGUUCUACCUAGUGUCCUUGUGGAAAUGUAUUUCAUGAAUGUUUUCUAAAGAAGCAAUAUGUGAAAAAAGUCUACCUGCCUUUCUCAUAAAUCCAAAAUGCAGGGCUAUCACCCCUCACCUAGAUCCCUAACUGCUAGGAAAAAUGGAAAGGGAAAAAUCUGGCAAUUGACUAGAACUUAUCUAUCUGGGACAGUUGUGAAUGUGAAUACAAGCUUUGGGUAACUUUUAACUUCAUGACAGCCGUUUAAAAAAGAAAACCACUUCAGAAGCAGGAAUUUGUAUCUGUGAAAUGCACUUUUAAAAAUGAUGUCGUCAGCAGCUUCUGCAGUUUCGGUGCACAAGAUGUAAUGAUGCAGAACGGGGUAUAUUGCCUGAGAAUGUUGUGCUAAUGGAAUACCUCAAAAGUGAGCAGGCUGCCCAGAUUGUAGAGGAUGUAAACUUGAUUUGCAUCUCACUUUGGAGCUAUUUGUGAAGGGAAAUUCAGGAGUCCUAAAUAUACUUCUUCAGCAGUUUCUGGUUCCCUGGAUGCAAUUAAGGAGAAAAGAAGGCAUAUGAGACUGAGGAAUAGUAUCUGCAAAAAAAGAAAGAAAAAAGUGUCAUGUAAUUAAUCAACUCAGGUUGCAACCCCUCUGCACACUUACUGGGGAAUAAGCUGUAUUGUACUCAGUGAUACUCACAUCAUACAUAGGAUUGAAUUGUCAUUGCCUGAUUAAUGUAAUAUACAAUACAAAAAUCCACUGGGUAUUUUGCUAUAUAUUUGAGGCACAAUGCCACCAAAUUCAGCACUUUGUAAAUCCGAUUGAUUUCAAAGUCAAACAUUUCAUCACUGCCUCAUUGAAAUCAGUGGGGCUUAAAAUAGUUUAUCUUUGGUUGGGUGUCCUUAAUAUCUCCUUUACAUCUCUUGUUACAAAGCAUAUAUAUCGGGGUGUAUUUGGGUCUUUAUGCCUCUGUAUCCUGAAAUAAACAGACAGUGAGCUAGUAUAUUUAAUACAUAGCAAAGGGGAAACACACUCACAAACCUGAAGGCUGAUGGACUGAGAAAUAGAUUGAGAAAAUUCUUGAGUGUGUUGACAGAGUUUCCUGGUAGCACUUAAGUCAGUGCAACAAAUGACAAUGAAGGUGGUGAGUCCUAUGGCAAACAAGCCCUAUGGGGCACAACUGAAGGAACUGGAUAUGUUUAGCAUGAAAAAGAGAAGCGUAAGGGGAAGCAUGACAGCUAAUACUUGAAGUGUUGCCACAUGGAAGAGGGCAAAGACUUGAGUUCUGCUGCCUGAAAGAGACAUAGCCAACUUAAUGGGCUUAUGUUGGGAUAGAAGAUUUUGGCUGAAGAGAAACUUAUUGAAAGUAAGACCAAUUCAACAAUGGAACCAAUUCUCUCUCUCUCUCUCUCUUCUUUCACUAUCCAGGCCUUUGAAAUCUACUAGUUUCAUUUUUCUGUAUGCUAAUGUAUGUCCUGCUGCUUAUUAUUAACGCUGGUUUUAUUAUGUAAAUAUGGCUUUUCAGUAUUUUCAUGUAAGAUCAAGAGCCUGGCUGAAAAGUAGGGUCACAGCAAGAACAUUUUUAAAAUGCACACGAGCACACACUAUUUAUACAUACAAAUAGGUUCUAAUUUUAAGGAUGAUAAUUGUACUUAAAAUAUCCAUCUCAAAUGUCUGAAUGUUGGCUCUUGUAUGCCAUUGUUGACAGUUAUAUGUUAAGGUUUUUUUUUUACAGAGUAAUCCAAUCCGUGUCUACUCAGAAGCAAAUGCCACUGAGUUCAGGAGGGGCUUGCUCCCAGGUAAGGGAGUUUAGGAUUGCAUCAUUUGUACAUUUGAUGCUGUCACAUUAAUCACCGAACAGUUCUGUUUAUCAGCUAAUAAGGAUUAGACACUAGAAGUUAGUUAUGAUAUGAUUUGGCUGCGAUAUCUCCCCGUUGUAAUUUGUAUGGCAGCUUAAGAGAAAUUGGCACUGCAGGAAUGUUUAGGGUUCUGUUUCACAAGAUGAAAAACAGCAGAUGGUACAAGGAAAAGAUCCCCAGACAGUAGCUAAUCUAUUUGAAAAAAAAUCAAAAUAGUGAGAUGUGUGGAUAAAGAAGGGAAUAGAAUAUAAAGCGGAACCCCAGUAUUUAAAAGUGACGAUGGUGCUGAAUAACAAUAAUAUUUCCCUUGUCCUAAUGAAACAGUUUAACUGGAUGAAGCACUAUAAUAUAAACAAUCUUCCUUUAAAGGGGGUGUGUUGAUCCCAUAAUUAUAGCUGCAAUACUAUACAGAGUUACCUGGGCAUGCUCCCUACUAAACACAGCAAGACUUGCAUCUGUAUUUAAAUUAUGCAUGGGAUUGCACUGUUAACAGCAAACCAAAUAACUGGAACUGCACAUUUGGACAUUCUAGCACAUUCGUAAUGAGGCAAAUUAUCCCCUCACAUUAGCAUCGAACCCUGCUUCAUUUUGUCCACCACCAUCCCAAACUCCAUGUUUGCCUUGGUCUGGGGCAAUACCAGCUUGAGAGCAUUCCCAGGAAACAGGACAGAACUGGCCAUACAUACCGUAGGAUUGUGUAUCACUGUAAGGAAGCGAUGGGGGACAUUUGGCCCUCCACAUGUUGUUGGAUUCAAUUCCCAUCAGCACCAACCUGCACGACCAAUGGUCAAGAAUGAUGAAAGGUGUAGUAGCACAACAAUAUCUGGAGACCCUGCUUUAGUUUAAGAAAAGAACUAAAGCAGAACUGGGGAACUUAUCCCCCCCCCCCGAUGUUACUGGACCACAACCCCCAUCAUCCCUGAUCAUUGGACAUGCUGGCUGAUGGGAGUCAGAACCCAACAAUAGCUGGAGGGCCAAGGGUUUUCCAACCUGGUUUAAUGCCUAAAUUUAAUCAAUUAUUUUUUCUCUGCAUGGAAAAAAAAUGUUUCUUAGGUUCCUCAACCUAAUUUUUAAACUAGACAUACUAGGCAUGUUUCACAUAGAAAACUACUGAGAUUUUGGUAUAAAAUAGACUUGUUGGGCAUAAAGAAAGAAGUUGAAAUAAGGGCAUAAAAAUCUCCUGCUAUUCAUAUCAAAAUUUCAGUAGUUUCGCAAAUCAAAUGUGCCUUGUAUUUCCAGUUAAAAACACAGUAAUUUCCUCAUCCUCAGUUUCAAAAAUUAUAACUGCCACAGGAACAUGCAAAACAAUGUAGGAUAGUGCGCGAUACUCUUUGGUUUAUGCAUAUGAACUGCAGUUCUGCUCAAUUAAUUUUUAAUUCCCUUAUUUCAUUGGGAUUUAAGCAGCAUAACUACAAUCAGGAUUGCAGUCUUUAUAACAGAAGCCUUUUGGCAUGCAAACCCACAUCGUAUUUCCAAAUCUUUUGCUUUAACUACUGUCUACGAUGCUGAAAUCCCCUUUCUUGAUGAAUCCUCUUUUACCCGGGAACAGUAAGCCCAACGUGUUGUUUCAAUAUUUACUCUUCUAAUAAGAGAAGAAUUAAAAGGAAGAAAGAAUGGCUGGCAAGCAUUUACAUGAUACUCAGGUAGGCACAUUUCAUUUUUUUAAAAAAGGAACAAGCCUUUUACUGCAUCAUAAUUCCAUAUUCCCCAUAGCUUGAGAAUUAUUGUGCUAAAAUAAUUGUGGAAAAUUAUAUUUGUUCUCCUUAAGGCUAUAAACACAGUCUAUUAAUGCAGAUAUGCAUUAUUAGCACUUAAAUAAUAAAGGAUAUAUAAAGGAAAUAAUAACAAAGGAAAUAAUAUAUACAUUUUUUCUAAAUAUGAAGUGCUUCCAGUAAUAGAAUGAACCCUGGUGUCACAGUGGAAAUCUAAGAGCCUCUUCUUUCUAAUAGUGUGAAAUUUCCAUUUAUAGCUGUGAUAGGGUAUGAGAUGUUAAGCCUAUCCCAGGCACAAGAUUAAAUGUUCUCAGUGCUGGUUGGGAUAGAAUGCAUGAAAGUGAGAUACAUUUACCUGCAAGCUCUCUUAUGGAUGAGAAUACAGUACAUGUUUAUUACAGGUAGUUGGUUUUAAGGAAUGACUCUAAGCAGCAAGUGUAUUUAAAAUGCCAAGGGCAGAGUGAUUAGCAAGAAAAGUCAAAAUAGAAAAAAAUGUGCUUUAAUGCAUCUUAUGGGUUGAGUAUGCAAGAUAUACAUAUAAGUAAAACCAUAUGGUUGAUUUUCCUGUUUUGACUCUGGUGCUGAGGUUUUUAAACUCCAAACUCAGGAGGGAAGACAAUGCCCCCAGACAAUGGAUUUAAACUCUUGUCUCAAAUUUACUAAGGAUGAACAAAGGAAACUCAAUACAAGGAAAGGCUCAGUGAAAGAACUAUUAUAUCACAAGCUCUAUGAACUUGUCCAGGUAGAUUUGCCACUCAGUUUAAUGUGGUGAUUAAUACUUAGACGAAGUUCACAUUAGCAGCUUCAAAUGCUGCGAGGUAAUUUCCCCCCACUGUGCUUCAAAGUCGCUUUCUUUCACUGAUGCUAACCUGAAAGUGGGGACCAGGGUCUCUUUGGCAGGUUAUUUAUUUCCCUACAAAAACUCCAGUUCAAUUUUGUGCAAGGACAUUAAUCUGCAUGUUAGCAAAAGCGGCUCACACCUCAAGGAAUUAAGACCUUUCCUGAGUUGGAAUGCUCCCCAAAGCCUGGAUAAUAGGUUGUCAAGGUCAACUAACUUAGCCUUCAUGGGAGCCACCAUGAAUCUGCUUUCAACAACCCCCUUUUGCUGUGCUUUAUGAUGUGACCUCAGUGGGCUGCAUGAUGAUGGCAAUCACAUUACAGAUAGUCUUCUUAGUGUUGUAUUUUUGUAUACUCAAACAGUCUCCAGAGACCCCACACAUACUGUUUAUAGAAAGUCCUGAAAUUGUUCACAAGUAAACAAACUCCCAUUCUGAGAGCAAGCUGAUAUACAGACCUAUAAAUAGUGUUAGAUCAUCCCCGAUCAAGUGAAAGCAUAUAUAGAAAAAUAAUCUCCUCACAACUGCAAAUUAAUUCAGUUUUGAUUAAAGUCCUUGUGACCACUAACUACUCAUCAGUGCAUACCAUCUCUGUCCAUCUUGUGACGCACACAUAACCCUUUCCCGUUUGGGAAAUAAAAACAUUAGGAAUUUAUUUUAAUACAGCAUUAAUUCUGUUCAAAAACAAAUGAAUCUACAACAGGCUUCAAAACUAUUGGGGUCAAUUCAUUAAAGAACUUCUCUC